AUGCCGUCAAACAAAUCACCCGGCAAAGACAAAGUGAGUAUGCGUGUCAUCAAACACAGCCUACCGGUAAUUCUUGGGCCCCUCACCGAUAUCAUUAACUGUUCACUGUCGUCAUCUUCGUUCCCUAUAGCAUGGAAAGAGGCAGAAGUUAUCCCUUUGUUAAAGGAUGGAAACCACGAGAAAGCAUCAAAUAACCGCCCACUUUCUCUCCUUACCUUUCUUUCAAAAAUUUGUGAAAAAGUCGCCUUGAAUCAAUUUGGUUCGUAUCUAAUGAAGAACAAAAAAUUGUCAACCCACCAGAGCGGGAACAAGAAACAUCACUCAUGCGAAACAUUGAAUCUUUUGACCGGAGAUACUAUCCUAAAGGCCAUGGAUGGGAAAGUGGUUACUGCACUGAUUCUAAUAGAUCUAUCUAAAGCUUUCGACAGUGUAAAUCAUACUUUUCUCCUUACAAAACUUAGCAACGUCGGGGCUUCUCCAAGCGUUGUAAAAUGGUUUGAGAGUUACUUGACCGGAAGAACUCAAUCAGUCAGAAUUGGAUUUACUGUGUCUACUCCUCUCCCUGUUUUUUAUGGUGUACCACAGGGUGCAAUUUUAUCACCUUUACUUUUUAGUAUUUAUACUAACGAUUUGCCCUCAUCAGUCCACCAUAGUAAACUUGAAUCGUACGUGGACGACUCCAAGAUAUUACUAUCUUUCACUGUGGCUAACGUGGACUGUUUAAAACAACAACUUGAGGAAGACUUGUAUUUGAUUGCAAACAGUUGUUCCGAAAAUGAAUUGCUUAUUAACCCGGGAAAGACCAAAUACAUGCUGAUUGGCACACGGCAAAACCUACAACAACUUCCCGUAGAUAUGACCAUAAACUUCCUUAACGAGACUAUUACCCCCGUCUCCUUUGCCAAAGAUCUAGGAAUGACAAUCGACUCUUAUUUGACAUAUGAACAGCAUAUCACCAACCUGGUUUCCUCGGCACUUGUAAUGAACAAAAUGUUCUAUUGUUCAACGGUUUGGUCAAACACUUCGUCUACCAACAUUAAGAAACUACAGUUGGUACAAAAUUUUGCAUGCAGGAUAAUAACAAAUAUUGGAAAGUUCGACCAUAUUUCGCCAGGCUUACGUGAACUUAACUGGCUCCCAGUAAAGGAACAAUUACUACUAAGAGAGGCUAUUAUGAUGUACAAAUGUGUCAAUGAACUUGCUCCACAUUAUUUGAGCGAUUUAUUCACAAAACGUUCUGACAUUCAUCAACGAGAUACACGUAGCCAUGACUCACUGCAAAUACCAUUGUACAAAACUUCUGCAG